CGGUUACCACCUUCCUGUUUUUUUUUUUUUUUUUUUUUUUGUACAUAUCAAAAUGGCAUUUUAUCGUCGACUUUUCCUUCUACAUAUCACCGUGCCCAUAAUCCAUGCAUACAUUUGCACUACAGAAGUCCAUACACGCACCGACGGAAAUCUCGUAACUUUUGUCGAUUGUAAUCCUGUCUUUGAGAAGUGUUGUGAGGAAGGCUGUUGCCCCCGAUUUAGCCACGCUCACAUUUGGAUUUUCACAGCUGGGAUUUCUUUCAUCAUAGGUAUAUGCAUUUUUGGUUGUUGGUUAACUUGUUGUAAGAAUAGAGGGCGCAAUAGGAGCGUACCGCAAAGCGAGGAUCGAGUCGAUUCUCCACUGACUUUGGUGUUGGCGAAUGAAGCUCGUCCCGUAAACAACGGUAACACUAACGCCGUGCCUGUAACCCCGCCACCUACUUACGAAGAAGCGACAUCUAUGAGGUGAAAGCCGCACUACUUAAAGUGUAAUUGUUUUUAUGGAAUGAUAUUAUUUUAUUGUCGUUAUGUACCUUCAUGUAUAUUUUUAUACUAAUUAUAUUUACAAGCAGAGUU